AUGGACAACAGCGCCUUCAGUCCUUCAUCCCAAGCCGGCACGAUGCAGCGGCGCACCCGGAGAGAGAAGCAUUUCCACGAGAUCGAGUCCACCCUGCCGAGCCCCAGAGAGUCCCCCGAGCCCCAAGCACGCCGCUGCUGGAGCGUGAGCGGUCUCUGGAGCUGGCUAGGCAAGCUCAACCCCUUUAGCAGGCCUGCCACCAAGGACGACAUUGUGUGGCUCCUGGACAACACGGCAUUCCAGUCCGCCCCCGGCGCCCCUUGGCGUGCCGAGUUCGUCGCCGCUGUCUUCGAGCGCGAUGACAAGGGCAGGCUCGUCGACGUGGUCACCGGCGUUGCCAGAGUCACGGGCCUGACCGACGACGCAGAGGAACGCAGGACUGUCGAGGAGAGGCUUCUCAAGCUCGGCCCGACAGACGCCAACGGCUUGUCCUCAAAUCUGCUGAGAGUUCCGAGUAGCGUCAACGGCUCUCUCGUCAGGACCGAGGCCAAGGUGGGCGGCGGCGACGGCGCCAUACCACACAUGCAGACGUAUUACGCGGGACCAGACGGCUGGGGCGUCAUAUCCGAUGUCGACGACACCAUCAAAGUAACCCUGACGAGUGACCCGGUGGGCAUCCUUCGCGAAUCGUUUGUCAACCCUCCCAGCCCGAUCCCCGGCAUGCCCGAGCUCUACGCCGAGAUGCGAUCCUUCCUGCCCGAGGACACGGCCUGGUUCUACCUGUCUGCGUCUCCGUACAACCUCUACCCGUUCCUCAAACAGUUUCGCAGGCAAUUCUACCCUCCGGGCACGCUGAUACUGAGGGACUCGAGUUGGAAAACCGUGGCCGGCCUGCUCUCGGCCCUGACCCUGGACACGGAGGAGUACAAGUCGGAUCCCGAAGCGUACGGCGAGAUCUAUCGAACAGUACCUGGCUGGAUCAAGCUGAUACUCAUCCGCAAAGCCACCGACGUCGCAGCCGUUGGCAUCGAGGAGAAGAACGACCCGGAGCGGUUUGAGCGGGCCUUUGAAGAUGUGCCCAGGGAGGCCUGGCAUGUCUUCGAGGAUCCGCGCGAGUGUAGCGAGAUUAUCAAGGCCGCCAUAGACAGAUGGUGA